AAAGUUCUGGGGUGGCAGCGCACCUUCCCGACUGCUCUCCUACUUACUGCGUAACGAUGGCAAAUCGCAGACGUCUCGCCCUUCGCCAACAUCGCCAAAAAAAUGACAAGAUCAAAUCUGCCAUCCCCGGCUGGGCACUUUCGCGAACGUGCGUCUUCAAAGUCCUGGGUCUCAGCCCGGUGAUGCAAUGUGGAGUGGAGCGGAGCGCAGCCCCCGAGCACAUGCCUCACUGUGAAGAAUAGGUGCGUGUGCGGUGCCAGGGAUGCGUGAGAGCCAAAUGUGCGCCGCUCCGCCUGAGUCCCGGCUCGCCACUCCGCACGAGGAGGAUACUGCCAGGGAAAAGACAUGCAGUUGAGCAGACCCCGCGGCUACCGCCACUGAGCCCCCGAACCGAGUAGACAGCAGCAGUGCAAAAUGAAAACGCACGUCUCGGCGCUUCUGCUUCUCUCACAUAUUGGCGCUGCUUUGGUGCAGGCAUCACUGAACAUACCUGAAGCAAAGUCCAGUUGCCCUCUUGGAUAUUUCCCAUGUGGGAACCUCACAAAAUGCCUGCCUCAGCUUCUUCACUGCAAUGGUAUCGAUAACUGCGGCAAUCACGCUGAUGAAGAAAACUGUGGAGAUAAUAAUGGAUGGCCCCACCUUUUGGAUAAAUAUUUUGGCAUUCUUCAAUCAAAUUUUGGGACAGUCAACAACCAUUGCUUGCUUGGAAUUGUUCCUGAAAAGUGCAACUGCAAAGCCUCGGAGCUCGACUGUGUCGGUGCCCAACUCCGAUCUGUCCCUUUGGUUUCCACGAAUGUCACAAUAAUGUCACUUCAGAGAAAUAGGCUGAAGAAACUGAAUGAUGAUAUUUUCAUAAAAUACCACAAUCUUAAGAAGCUAUACCUGCAGUAUAACAGGAUUCUGGAGAUAUCUGUGUUUGCCUUUCGAGGACUGUAUAAUUUAACACGGCUGUAUUUAAGCCACAACAAGAUAACGUCUCUGAGACCUGGGGUCUUUCAGGACCUGCACAAGCUGGAGUGGCUAAUUAUAGAAAACAACAAAAUCAGCAAGAUUUCAUCACUGAGUUUCUCUGGGCUUCGCUCUCUUGUUCUUUUGGUGUUACUGAACAAUUCUAUAAGUCAUUUGCAAGAUCGACCAUUCUGCCAGGAGAUGCCCAGGCUAAACUGGCUAGAUAUGGAAGGAAAUCAGAUUCGAGGCAUAGGGAAUGGAACAUUUUCCUCCUGUGGCAUGUUAACCGUCUUGGUGUUGCAAAGGAACAGAAUCAGCCACUUGCAUGAGAAUGCAUUCUCACCGCUCCGCCGUCUAGGAGAGCUUGAUUUAUCAAUCAACCGACUUCAAGAAAUACCCCCCAACUUAUUUUCUGGACUUGAUGAACUCUUGCAGCUGAAUAUUUCUUUUAACCCACUUUUGGAGCUAGAAGUGGACCAUUUUGACCAUCUGAGUAAAUUAAAGUCUCUAAGUAUUGAAGGCAUUGAGAUUCAGAACAUACAAAGAAGAAUGUUUGAACCUUUAAAAAACUUAACUCACAUAUACUUCAAGAAAUUUCAGUACUGUGGGUAUGCGCCACACGUACGAAGUUGCAAGCCCAACACAGAUGGGAUUUCUUCUUUCGAGAACCUGCUGGCCAAUGUUGUCCUCCGAGUCUUUGUUUGGGUAGUUUCUGCUGUCACCUGCAUCGGGAAUAUAUUUGUCAUCUGUAUGAGGUCUUACAUCAGAUCGGAGAACAAGUUACACGCUAUGUCCAUCAUAUCUCUUUGUUGUGCUGAUUGCUUGAUGGGAGUCUACCUGUUUAUCAUUGGUGCCUUUGACCUCAAGUAUCGAGGAGAGUAUAACAGACAUGCUCAGAUCUGGAUGGACAGCGUUCAGUGCCAGAUAGUGGGCUCCUUAGCAAUGCUGUCAACUGAAGUCUCUGUGCUUUUACUUACGUACCUAACUUUGGAAAAAUACAUUUGUAUAGUGUACCCCUUCCGCUACCUAACGCCCCGAAAGUGCCAAACCGUCAGCACACUGGUGGCUAUUUGGAUAUUAGGCUUUGUGAUUGCUUUCAUUCCACUCGCCAGCAAAGACUUCUUUAAGAAUUUCUAUGGCAGCAAUGGUGUUUGUUUCCCACUGCACUCCGAGCAUUCAGAAACAUGGGAGUCACAAGUAUACUCUGUUGUGAUCUUUCUUGGACUGAAUCUUGUUGCGUUCCUCAUUAUUGUGUUUUCCUAUGGGAGCAUGUUCUACAACAUUCACAGGACAGGCACCAAAGCACCCGAGUUUAGUAACCACAUUAAGAAAGAGGUGACCAUUGCCAAACGCUUUUUCUUCAUCGUAUUUACAGACUCUCUUUGCUGGAUCCCCAUCUUCAUCCUCAAAUUGUUGUCCUUGUUGCAAGUGGAAAUUCCAGGUUCUAUCAGUUCAUGGGUUGUAAUUUUUAUUUUGCCAAUCAACAGUGCCCUUAACCCAAUGCUGUAUACAUUGACCACUCGCCCAUUUAAGGAAACAAUACAUCAAGUAUGGUCCAAUUAUAGAGAAAGACGGUCCAUCAGCAACAGCCACCAUUCAUACACACCCUCGCUCCUAUGGCUGGAAAUGUGGCCUGUACAGGAUGCCUCUCCAGUGCUGUCUACGCCAGAAUUCCUGGAAAAUCCUACUGAAGUGAUUUCUAGUAGUUUGAGAAAGGAUGAAUAUUUACCCGCAAAAAGCAUCAGUGGGACCUGA